UUGAUGAAGUGUCAGUGCUUGGUUGGUGUGUUGUGCGUUGUUUAUGCUGAUGCUUCUAAUUUGUCAAUAUAUUUUGUUUAAAUUUUGUGAAAUUUAACGAGCAAGGAAAAACAUCGUGGAAAUAAAAAUAACAUUGGCCAAUAAUCGAAGAACGUAGCGGAAGGACAAUAAUAAUAACGUAUACUAUAAGUGAACUAGCCUUGUGAACAAGAAUCAAAGAAAACAGUGGUAACACAUAAGUGGAAAAAGCAGAGGCAAAGAAGAAUUGUAGAAAGUAAAACGAAACGAUUUCAAGUUGUGUUCGUGUAAUAAGGAAAAAAUUUCGCUGCCCAGUUAAAAUUUGUAAAAAUUGUUAAUUUUGUUGUUAAUAAAGCGUAAAAACGCUAUUACUAUAGAAGGAAAAUGUCAACACCCGCACGCAGGCGUCUUAUGAGAGAUUUUAAAAGACUUCAAGAAGAUCCACCAACUGGAGUUUCUGGAGCGCCAACAGAUAACAAUAUUAUGAUUUGGAAUGCUGUGAUUUUUGGUCCACAUGACACCCCUUUCGAAGAUGGUACCUUCAAAUUAACUAUAGAAUUUACGGAAGAGUAUCCAAAUAAACCGCCUACGGUUAGAUUUGUAUCGAAAGUUUUUCAUCCAAAUGUUUAUGCAGACGGAGGUAUUUGUUUGGACAUCUUACAAAAUAGAUGGAGCCCCACAUACGAUGUCUCAGCUAUUUUAACAUCCAUACAGUCUCUAUUGAGUGAUCCAAAUCCCAAUUCACCAGCUAAUUCAACGGCUGCUCAGCUCUAUAAAGAAAAUCGUCGGGAAUAUGAGAAGCGAGUGAAAGCUUGCGUUGAGCAAAGUUUCAUCGACUAGCCAUCCGCCACAGGAGCAACACCACGCAAAUCAACUGUAGGGGGAACGGGAACUGCAACUACAGAAUCUGCAAUGUUUUAUUAAAAUAAAAUUCGAAGAAUGGAGAUAAUUAAAAUAUUAAAACUUCAAAUACAUAUACAUAUAUAAUACAUAAUAUACAAUACGUAAAAUGAUACACAAUCGCUCAUAUUUUUCAGUCGUGUAAGUUGUGCUGCUAACAAAUUCAAUAAAGAACAGAAUUAAAGAAAGUAAGAAGUAAUUGCACUCAUGGCAGACAAACCCUGACAUUAGAUGCAAGCGCGACGCAAGGACCUUAAAAUGUAGCAAUGUAAUCGCUAUGCGUGACUUUCAAGUCCGACUGACAUUACCAGUUGUUGUUAUUAAGUCAAUGUUAUAUCAAUACUGCAGUUCAACAAAACUAUAUUUCUUGCGCUUUACAUCUUCAGACUUAAUCAAAAUUUGUAGACGCAAAAUAUUAACAAAAAUAUAAAUUCAUUAAUAUGUGUAUGUACCUUAAAGAGAACUCACUGCAUCGUAGUUUUUGAGUGAAAAUUCAGAAUUUUUAAUCAUCAUCGCUUUAAAUUAAAACUGGGCAAAAAUACUCAUUACGCCCUUUUCUAUUUAAGACUAGCAGCGUACAAUUAUUUGGCUGCUAUCAAAAAUCUUCCCUGGUUCCUCUUAUAUCUUACCGUGUUUGUUUUGACUAACAUUGAUUUGGGUGCUCAGUAUUUGAUGAAACAUCUCACCAAAUAGUGCGCCAUAAGAGCGGUACUAACAUAAAAAACACUACAAUAAACCAGUGUCAAUAUUAUUAAGAAGAAAUUGUAGUUCUUUUCCUGCACUCAUUGUAAUUGUGACGAAGGAAAAAUUUACCAGAGGCAAAAUUAAGUAGAUGUUCGUAUUAAUUUUAUUAAAAUUGCUUUAUUAAAAUUCACUUCAGCUAUGGAUAAGCGUUUCAUUUUUUAACUACUUUUGUGCGUGUGAAAAUUAUAUUGUGGUGUAUAUGAGUAUGCUACAUGAUGAUACAAUAAAACAGCAUAAAAUAUGUUACUAUGUUUAAGCAAUCACCAUUAAACAACAACAGCAUAAAACAAUUCUGAAGCAAAUACUUUACAUAUAAGAAUUACAGUGUAAUAAUAAAAUUGGUAUCUUAUUUCAGUA